AUGACGUCAAGCUGGAAACAAGGAGAGAAACUGGAGGAAAGCUCGCGGCUCGGCCCUCGCGGCUCGGCCCUCGCGGCUCUCCCGUUGGGCCCUGGUCUCCCCCGUCUUCCCCCUCCUCCCCCCUCCUCCCCAGUCACCAUGGGCUUCCUGGAGAACUACCAGGAGAUCGACCCUGUGACCCUGAACCUGUGCAUCCUGAUCGCCAGCUACGUGAUGCUGCUGCUGGUCUUCCUCAUCUCCUGCAUCAUGUACGACUGUCGCGGCAAAGACCCCACCAAGGAGUACGCCCCGGACCCGGCCCCGACCCAGUCCCCGAUCCGCCUCGUGGUCAUGCAGAGCUCCCCCGCCCCAGUGGCCCGCUGGGACGCCGCCAACAUGAUCACCACCUACCACGACCACGCAGACACCAGGGAGAAGAAGUCCACGAUGGUCUGA